UUCUUCAAAACUUAGUCGUACUUCUGCCAUUAUUGGGGUUAAUUUGAUCGGAAAAGAAACGGAAAAUCCAAUGAGUUAUGAGGACAUAUUUGCCAACCCUCCCGAUUUCGGCAGGAGGCUCCUGAUUUUAGCCUCCGUCUCCCGCCUCCCGAUCGAAUUUGUUAAAAACUGGAUAAUCUCCCGGUUUUGGGAAAUCCCUACCGCCAAGUUAAAAAUACUCCCGAUUAUGUCCAAUCAGAAUCGUAUGAGAAACACUGCUGACGUCAACUGAUUUUUAACCAAUCAACGAACAGAACGGCAGUCACUUCCGUAACGUAGGAUUCACCCGGGCUGUCCGACAUUUUUUACAACCAUUCAUUCAUUCAUUCAUUCAUUCAUCCAUCAUGGCCACUAAACCCAAUACCACACGGCAAAAACUUGAAUGCAAAUCCCAGGUUGCAUGGGGGAAUGAAUUUCCAUGGAUAAGCAAAUGUUCGACCAGCCAGUUCCACAUUUUAAGUAUGCUCGGGUGUGGAUCCCCGACCCUGAGGACGUAUGGAGGUCAGCAGAGCUCACUAAGGACUACAAACAGGGGGACACAGCACUGCACCUGCAACUCGAGGAUGGCACGGAUCUGGAGCACAAGCUGGACCCGAAGACUAAAGCCCUGCCUCACCUGCGGAACCCUGACAUCCUGGUGGGAGAGAAUGACCUGACGGCUCUGAGUUACCUUCAUGAACCGGCCGUGUUGCACAACCUGAAAGUGCGCUUCAUCGACUCCAAACUCAUCUACACCUACUGCGGUAUUGUGUUGGUGGCCAUUAAUCCGUAUGAAACGUUGCCCAUCUAUGGCACGGACAUCAUUAACGCUUACAGCGGGCAGAACAUGGGAGACAUGGACCCGCACAUCUUCGCCGUGGCUGAGGAGUCCUACAAACAGAUGGCCAGGGAUGAGAGGAAUCAGUCAAUCAUCGUCAGUGGAGAGUCCGGCGCAGGAAAGACGGUUUCAGCCAAAUACGCAAUGCGAUACUUCGCGACAGUGAGCGGAUCAGCCAGUGAGGCCAAUGUGGAGGAGAAGGUGCUUGCUUCCAACCCUAUCAUGGAGUCCAUAGGAAACGCCAAAACCACCAGGAACGACAACAGCAGCCGCUUUGGGAAGUACAUCGAGAUCGGCUUCGAUAAGCGCUACCACAUCAUCGGCGCGAACAUGAGGACAUACCUGCUGGAGAAGUCGCGCGUCGUGUUUCAGGCGGAUGAGGAGAGGAAUUAUCACAUCUUCUACCAGCUCUGUGCCUCCGCCCACCUUCCUGAGUUCAAGACCCUGAAACUCAGCAGUGCGAAUGAAUUCCACUACACCAAACAGGGCCGAAAUCCGGUCAUUGAUGGAGUGGACGAUGCAAAGGAGAUGUCAACUACGAGGAACGCCUUCACACUGCUGGGUGUUAAUGAGUCGUAUCAGAUGGGGCUGUUCCAGGUCCUGGCGGCCAUCUUACACCUGGGCAACGUGGAGGUGAAGGACAGAGAUGCAGACAGCAGCAUCAUACCGUCCAAUAAUAGUCACCUGAGUGCGUUCUGUGAUCUGCUGGGCGUGGCUUAUCAGGACAUGUCUCACUGGCUGUGCCAUAAGAAGCUGAAGACGGCGUCUGAGACGUACAUCAAGCCAGUUCCCCGAGUGCAGGCCAUGAACUCGAGAGAAGCUCUGGCCAAACACAUCUACGCCAAACUGUUCAGCUGGAUCGUCGAGCACGUCAACAAGGCACUGCACUCGUCCGUCAAACAGCACUCGUUCAUCGGCGUCCUCGACAUCUAUGGGUUUGAGACCUUCGAGAUCAACAGUUUUGAACAGUUCUGUAUAAACUACGCUAAUGAGAAACUCCAGCAGCAGUUCAACAUGCACGUGUUUAAGCUGGAGCAGGAGGAGUACAUGAAGGAGCAGAUUCCCUGGACGCUGAUUGAUUUCUACGAUAAUCAGCCGUGCAUUAAUCUGAUCGAGGCGAAGAUGGGCGUGCUCGACCUUCUGGACGAGGAGUGCAGGAUGCCGAAGGGUUCAGAUGACUCGUGGGCUCAGAAGCUCUAUAACACUCAUCUGAAGACGUGUGCACUUUUCGAGAAACCGCGGCUCUCCAAUAAAGCCUUCAUCAUUCAGCACUUUGCAGACAAGGUGGAGUAUCAGUGUGAGGGAUUUUUGGAGAAAAACAAGGACACAGUGAAUGAAGAGCAGAUUAAUGUCCUGAAGUCCAGUAAGUUUGACCUGCUGGUGGAGCUCUUCCAGGAUGAGGACAAAGUGACGAGUCCUCCAGGAAGUGGUCCUGCCCCCGGGGGGCGCACUCGCCUCAGCAUCAAACCCAACAAGGGCAAACCGGACCAGGCCAGCAAGGAGCACAAGAAGACUGUGGGCCUGCAGUUCCGGAACUCUCUCCAGCUGCUGAUGGAGACGCUGAACGCCACGACGCCGCACUACGUCCGCUGCAUCAAACCCAACGACCACAAAUACGCCUUCACGUUUGACCCGAAGCGGGCGGUGCAGCAGCUGAGGGCGUGUGGAGUCCUCGAGACGAUCCGCAUCUCCGCCGCAGGAUUUCCAUCCAGGUGGACCUAUCAGGAGUUCUUCAGUCGUUAUCGUGUGUUGAUGAAACAGAAAGACGUCCUGGCUGAUAAGAAAAUGACCUGCAGGAACGUUCUGGAGAAACUGGUGCAGGAUCAGGAUAAGUACCAGUUUGGGAAGACGAAGAUUUUUUUCCGAGCAGGUCAGGUGGCGUAUCUGGAAAAACUCCGGGCCGAUAAACUGCGAGCCGCCUGCAUCCGCAUCCAGAAAACGAUCCGUUGCUGGCUGGAGCGCAAGAAGUACCUGCGCAUGAAACAAGCCGCCAUCGUCAUCCAGAGAUACGUCCGAGGAUACCAGGCCCGAUGCCUGGCGAUGUUUCUGCGCCGCACCCGAGCCGCCAUCAUCGUCCAGAAGUACCAGCGCAUGUACGUACAGAGAACCAGCUACAGGCGCAAACGCAACGCCGCCCUCGCCAUGCAGUGUAUCCUCCGGGCGUACAUGGCCCGACAGCAGUACAAAGCGCUGCUGCGUGAGCAUAAAGCCAUCAUCAUCCAGAAGAUGGUGCGCGGCUGGUUGGCGCGUCAGUGGUAUAAGCGCUCUCUGGAGGCGGUGGUUUACCUGCAGUGCUGCGUGCGGCGCAUGAGGGCCAAGCGCGAGCUCAAGAAGCUGAAGAUCGAAGCCCGCUCUGUCGAACACUACAAAAAACUCAACAUCGGCAUGGAGAACAAGAUCAUGCAGCUGCAGCGCAGAAUCGACGAGCAGAAUAAGGAGAACCGGGUUCUGGGUGAGCGUCUAAACGGUUUGGAGAGCGCCCACACCACCGAGAGCGAGCGCCUGCGCAGGGAGCUGACUCGUUUACGUGGCGUGGAGGAGGAGGCGAGGAACAGCGCUAACCGAGUGACCACGCUGCAGGAGGAGCUGGAGAAACUGCGCAAAGAGCUGCAGAACACACGGAAGGAGAAGAAGGCCAUCGAGGACUGGGCACAGACCUACCAGGACGAGAUGGAGCAGAUGAUCUCAGAGUUAAAGGAACAGAACGAUCUUUUGAAGAACGAGAAGGACGACCUGAACCGUUUGAUCCAGGAGCAGAGUCAACAAUGGACAGAGAGGAUGCACAGGGCUCUGAAGGAGGAGACGACUCAGCUGGAGAAUGACUUAAACGAGGAGAGAUCGCGAUAUCAGAACCUCCUCACGGAGCAUCUGAGACUGGAGGAGAAAUACGACGACCUCAAAGAGGAGAUCGUACUCACCACGAAUGUACCCAAACCGGGCCACAGGAGAACCGACUCCACACACAGCAGCAACGAGUCCGAGUGCACCUACAACUCUGAGUUCGCCGAGGCCGAGGAGGGAGUGCGAGGAACAGAGGACGUGACCAAAGGAGGAGCGUUGGACAUGGCUCUGUUCCUGAAGCUGCAGAAGCGAGUGACGGAGCUCGAGCAGGAGAAACAGAGCCUGCAGAAUGAACUGGACCGAAAGGAGGAGCAGUUUCAGAGGGCUAGAGCCAGGGAUGAUGAAGAGCAUAAGAAGGCUCGCAGUGCUGAACUGGAGUAUGAAUCUCUUAAGCGUCAGGAGCUGGAGUCAGAGAAUAAGAAGCUGAGACACAACCUGAGCGAGAUGCGUCAGACUCUGGCGGGGAAAGACGGCUCCAUGUCAGCCUACGAGGUCCUGAUGGAGCAGUUAAACUCCUCCAACGAGGAGCUGGAGGUGCGGAAGGAGGAGGUGCUCAUCCUGCGCUCACAACUCGUCAGCCAGAAAGAAGCCAUGCAGCACAAGGAGACCAUGACCGAGCCGCUGCACUAUGUGGAGGAUGUUCACAAGCUUACAGAUGCUAAAGAGAUCUCUCAGGCUUACAUGGGCCUCAAGGAUACCAACAGAUCCCCCAGGGUUCAGCUCAAACCGUUUGCAGUGAGCGAGUUGGUCAGUAGGCUGAGAUCCCCUCUCCCUGACAUGAGUAAGCUGAAUGAGGAUGGAGAGCUGUGGCUGGUGUAUGAGGGCUUGAAGGAGACCAACAGGUUGCUGGAGUCUCAGCUGCAGGCUCAGCGGCGUUCCCAUGAGGCAGAGCUGGAGGCGCUGCGUGGAGAACUGCACUGUGUGAAGGAGGAGAACCAGAGACAGCAGCAGCUCCUCACACAGAACCUGCAGCUUCCUCCUGAGGCUCGGAUCGAGGCCAGUCUACAGCACGAGAUCACACGCCUCACCAACGAGAACCUGGACCUUCUGUGUGAGAACCCAAAGAUCUACAAAAUCAAGAUGAUGCGCAGAACAAUUGAUCUCAUGGAACAGCUGGAAAAACAGGACAAGACGGUUCGCAAGCUGAAGAAGCAGCUCAAAGUGUUCGCCAAGAAGAUCGCUGACCUGGAAGGUGGUCAGGUGGAGAACGUGUCUCCAGGUCAGAUGGCUGACGAGCCGAUCCGUCCAGUCAACAUUCCACGCCGAGAGAAAGAUUUCCAGGGAAUGUUGGAGUAUAAGAAGGAGGAUGAACUCAAGCUGGUCAAGAACCUCAUUCUGGAGUUAAAGCCCCGGGGCGUGGCCGUGUACAUGCUCCCCGGUUUGCCGGCUUACAUCCUCUUCAUGUGUUUACGACACGCUGACUACAUCAACGAUGACCAGAAAGUCAGAGCGCUGCUCACCUCCGUCAUCAACAGCAUCAAGAAGAUCCUCAAAAAGCGAGGUGAUGACUUUGAGACUGUAUCGUUCUGGUUGGCGAACACAUGCCGCUUCCUGCACUGUCUAAAACAGUACAGUGGAGACGAGCAAUUUAUGAAGUUUAACACUCCGAAGCAGAAUGAACACUGUCUGUCCAACUUUGACCUGGCUGAGUAUCGGCAGGUUCUCAGUGAUCUGGCCAUUCAGAUUUACCAACAGCUCAUCAAGUGUAUGGAGAACAUCCUUCAGCCCAUGAUCGUCUCCGGGAUGCUAGAGCACGAGACCAUCCAGGGUGUUUCGGGCGUGAAGCCCACCGGUCUGCGUAAGAGGACGUCGAGCGUAGCUGAUGAGGGAACGUUCACGCUGGACUCCAUCAUCCGCCAGCUCAACUCCUUCCACAGCACCAUGUGUCAGCACGGUAACGACCCCGAGCUCAUUAAGCAGGUCGUUAAGCAGCAGUUCUACAUCAUCGGCGCCGUCACGCUCAACAACCUGCUGCUGCGCAAAGACAUGUGCUCCUGGAGCAAGGGCAUGCAGAUCAGAUACAAUGUGAGCCAGUUGGAGGAGUGGUUGAGGGAGAAGAACCUGAUGGUUUGUGGAGCGAAGGAGACGCUGGAGCCACUGAUUCAGGCAGCACAGUUACUUCAGGUCAAGAAGAAGACAGAUGAGGAUGCUGAGGCCAUCUGCUCCAUGUGUAACUCACUGAGUACUGCUCAGAUUGUGAAGGUGUUGAACCUGUACACACCUGUCAAUGCGUUUGAGGAGAGAGUGUCUGUAACAUUCAUACGAACCAUACAGAAUCGCCUGAGGGAUCGUAAGGAGUCCCCUCAACUCCUCCUGGACACAAAGAUCAUCUACCCUGUGACGUUCCCGUUCAACCCAUCCUCCCUCGCCCUGGACACCAUUCAGAUCCCUCCCAGCCUCAACGUUGGAUUUCUCACUCGCGUCUAAGAUCUAAGACCUGGCGUCUUAGGUUCCUCCUCAGCCAAUCACAUCAGGCACCAAGAUCAAGAGGAGAUGAUGUAUGGACUCAAAGUGUCUACAUCCUCGACUUCCUGUAAUUUUGCGCACAUCCAAGCACACACUCUGAAUCCUCAGCCGUUCCUCAUCCAACACUGGAAAAAAACACACUUCAGACGGGAAUGUAUCAUACUAUAAAGAGCGGGGGGGGGGGGGGUUUAAAAAGUCCAAAUGGGUUCCUCCUGUAGGUUUAAUCACAGUCGAUUCUCUUUGUACAGUCAGAUUACAUAGAUAUCUAAGAUUAAGUAUGACGCUGGGAUGUUUUAUUUAUUGCUCUCGGCUAUUCUCUCUCAUCGCUUCAGCUCUUCUUCAGAUAGUGGUUGUUUCCAGACAAUCCGACCAGGAAGUAAAUAAAACGUAUUCCUCUAUUUAUGUCCAUAUCAGAUAAAUAAUGUAGAGUAAUUAAUUUUUAAAAAAGCGCUACACUCAUGUCUGUGUGAUGUAGAUGCUUAUGUGAUGGUAGUUUUAGCUCGAUAGAUAGUUGUCUUGUUUGAUGAUGAUGAGCAACCUGCACUUUUUUUUUUUUUUUUUUUAAGUGAGAGCCUUCAAUCCUCAGCAUUCCUACAUUCUUCACAACUCUAGAUCUUGGUAUGUGCUUCAAAAGUUCUAGAACUUUGGAGGUUUUUGUUCCGUUCCAUCUCAUCCUGAUUUUGUAAAACGUCAGACGUCAAGCCGUUUCCAGAGCGAUGUCUGAUCAGCCAGUCGCACACUUGCUCCGGGAAAAAAAAAAAAAAUUCCAGCUAGUUAUUCUUUUCACUCCUGUCAAUAACGAUGCAACGAUGGCAGGUUUGUGACGGUUAAUGCUAAUCGUUUUUGCUAGCAAAUAUAAUAGUUAGCAUCACGUUAGUUCAUUAGAUAGCUACUAUUGUCAUAUAUUAUCAUCAUCGCUCUAAUAGCAGCAGCUAUAUUGCGUAACUAAAAACCAGCAUUUUGUGCUUAGCAUGGUUAAGAUAUAAAGAGAGGUUUGUGAUGUCAUGCGACGCGAUCAAGGUUGCAAUCGGUUGAUCAGAGUUAAUGUAAGCUCCGCCCACGCUAACCCACCCAGGGACACGUAUUUAAAAUCAGGACGUAUACACAAGCACGGGUCUUUUUAAUUUGAACGUUGCAGUUUGUUUUGCACGUGAUGUUUCGUUUUUUUUUUUUUAAUAAUGUGUGAACGAAAGCAGUAAUUUGUUCCAGUAUUACAGAAUCUUUUCAUUACGACAGCGUGUUCCAUUAAAGAGUAUUAAUGAAUAAUUAUAGAAAGAUAAUCGUGUCAUAUACGCAGGGCUUGUUUUGUUUGUCUGUACCAGAGAGACCAAUGAGAGAGAACUAUAAUCCGUGAUCCAAAAUAGUGCGCACACACACUGCUUAACGCUUGCCAUUAAAUGCCUUACUCUGUUCAGCAUUAGUGGAUUUUUUUUUUCGCUUCCUUCUCCAACAUCGAGCGUCAGUUGAUCACUAAAGUGAAAGUGAUUUCCCCCCCAGUCAUCUUCAUUUCUCAACUAUGAGUUUGCUCUGCUGUUUUAGGAGUGUGUGUGUGUGGUUGAUUUUUGUUUCAUUUUGAGCGUUCACUCAAUUCGAUAGAGCUGAAUGAAUUUCUACAGGAAGUGAAAUUGUAUAGAAGAACUGGAUGCGAAGUGAAAGUGUUCGUAUUAUUUGUUUAUUUAUUGUUUACGACAUUUCCUCUGGCGGAGAAACGUUUCGUCGACAUAGUUUCCUGUCAUUUCAGUAUCACGCAGAACAUGAUUUCCUGUAUAAAGCAGCAGUGAUGCGUUGUUUAUGUUAAUAAUAUCGUUUUAUGCACUUUCUGUAUUUUCUUUCUUUAGGGAAGCACCGAUCUGAUGACAAGUAUCGAUAUUAAAACUCCGAUCAGAGUUCACCGAUGUGUUUUAGAGGCAUGUCGUGAGCGAUCGACAGUUUUCUUACAUUUUUGCAAAAUAGUUGAAUUAGGAUGGUCAUUACACUACAUCAUCAUUAGCUUAAAGAGAAGAAUAACAAUCGGGACACACAGAUCUGAAACUUUGCUAAAUGCUCAGGAUAAGAUUAAAACACAAUGAAGCGAAUAUCAGAUGAUACUCAGUGCUCUAAUAUCAAAUAUCUAACAUAUCUAUUUAUUUAUUGCAUUGUGCAUCCCUGGGUUAAGUGUUUUUGUUUGGGUUUUUUUGUUUGUUUUUUAUAUAAAUUCUUUCCUUGGAAUGAACAUUCCUGUCCAUAUCACUUCCUGUUUGCUGAUUCCUCGUGUUGUAAAUGUGCUGCAGUGUUGUUGUUGUUGUUAUCCUUCCAUAUGCACUUUGAGUAAUUUGCUGAAGAGAAAUAAAGACGAUGUUAUUCACUUUCUCCUGGACAGGACAGUCAGCGUGGACGUUGUCCCAUUCUGUGAUGUUCGGCUGCUUGUGUAACACUAAAGUACAGUAGUGAAUAAAAGCUUCUUUACCUGUUCACAAACGUGCAACGUAAAAACGGAGUUACAGCAGAAUCACCAGAACAGAACACACGUCUACACGUGUAAAAACGUAGAAGUGUUGAAAUAUUACAUUCAGCUCGGAUGGAUUCAGGUAUCGGGGGUUUUUUUUGUUUGUUUUAAAAAUAUUCAAGAAGCAGAAAAUUUAUUAGAUAAAAAUUCAUGUGGGAAAAUAUUCCAGGCACUCAGGAAAUAAAUAGUUGUACCUUUUUGUGUACCUGGAAUAAUUUUGAUGAAUUUCUUUCACCUUGUUUGUUUGUUUGUUUGUUUGUUUGUUUGUUUGUUUGUUUCCUGAAUGCCUGGAAUAUUUUCCCACUUUAAUUUUUACAAAAUAAAUUUUCUGCAUCUUGAUUUUUUUUUUAAAACAACAGCAACAUUUAUUUCCUGAGUGCCUGGAAUAUUUUUAAUAAAUAGUGUUGUAACCUUCUGUGUACCUGGCAUAAUUUCCCUGAAUUUCUUUCACCUGUUUAUUUUUUUUAUUAUUGUUUUUGUUUGUUUGUUUCCACAACUUAGAAAAUAUAACGUUCCAGAUUUUAAACUGGGUUGUUUUUUUUAAACGUCACUGUUUCCCAAAAAAAAAAAAAAUUUCAAGAAGCAGAAAAUUCAUAAUUUAUAAAAAUUCAGGUGGGAAAAUAUUCCAGGCACUAAGUAAGUAAAUAAAGUUAUUCCCUUUGUGUACCUGGGGAUUUAUUUAUAUAUAUAUAUAUAUAUAUAUAUAUAUAUAUAUAUAUAUAUAUAUAUAUCUGUUCAAGAAGCAGAAAAUUUUAUAAAAUUAAGGUGGGAAAAUAUUCCAGGCACUCAGGAAAUAAAUAAAUAAAUGAUAACUCGAGCUUUGGCGUACCUGGUGUAAUUUCCCAGAAUUUUUUUUUCCACAACUUUGAAAUUAUAAGGUUCCAGAUUUUAAAUUGCUUUAUAUGAAUAAAUAAAUAAACAAACAGUAUCUUUUCACAUAGAAAACUUACUUUCUUGCAUCAUUUGAGAUUUUGUUUGUUUGUUUUUUGAACACAUCACACAAGUUCUGGUGAAUCUGAUUUAACUCCAUAUGUUUUAGUUUAAUCACUACAUUUGAUGUUAGAGAGCGAAAAAGAAAGAAAAUAGUUUUUAGUGGAAAUUUCCUCUGACCCAUGUGUCGUUGCCUCUUAAACCACCAGUCCUGCAUUUCACUGUAGUGUGUGUGUGUGUGUGUGUGUGUGUGAGAGAGAGACGCUGAAUUAGUAACGAGUUGCACUAAACCCACUCUUUCCUUUCCCGUUUCCUCCUGAAUGAGAGAGCCGAGUGUGUACGUGUGUGUCCUGUUGGAUCUGCUGUGCCGCUCAUUCACGCCUGUAUAAAAGCGUAGUCUGAGUUAACGUCGUUAGCAUUGAGAGAAAUGCUAAAUGCUGCUGACCCUGAGCUGUAGAGUCAGUCCUGCUGAGGGCCGUGUGUGAGCGAUCGUCUCCUCUGAUUCAUCUGAAGCCGUGAGGAAACGUUGUUCGGUCUCUGUAGCUGUAAUGAUCACGUACGAAAAUGUUCAAAUCUGUUUGAGUCAAAUAAAAGAAAUCCGCACCACA